AUGUGGAACGGCCUUUUCACUCUACUCUUCAAAAGCUUCUCGGAGAGAGUCAUCGACUCCGACUGUGCGAGUAAGUUCUCUGGGAUCAGUUCGUACAAAGCACCAACUCUACCACACGACACAAUGAAAUCUCUUGUGCUCAUUCUUGGUAUAUUUUUGUUCAAAGGGAAAUCAGCAAACUCCACAUUCCAAUGCUCAAAGAUUCCAUUAUUGCAGGGAUUCAGACUUUCCACACCACGAACAUCAUACUUGCUGAUUACUCCAAAUUUAGCUUUAUUGGCUCCAUUCCUAAAGUUAUGCUGCGAGAGAAGAUUCUUGCUGAGGUUGAUAAACCCAAAGGGGGGGGGGUGUAAAAAGAGGAUUGUGAAAUUCGGUCCUUCUGAACCUCCACAGGCACCAAAAAGAAAGAAGGUUAAGAAAAUGGCUCGCAAGCCUAGAUCUCCAACUCCGAGUGACCGAGAGGGUUCGCAAUCGAACACGGUUUCGAAGGUUCCAGUGCAUGUUUCUACCCCAAUCACCAUAGCACCUUGCCCACCAGUUUCCUUGGGCAUUUCACAAUCCCAUACCUCAUUCUUUACUAAUUCAUCUGUAACUACAACCACAACCACUGACGAACUUCUAGUCAAUGUCAACCCAUCUGAUGUGGAGGCAAGGUAUUCAGGUUUCAUCUUUGGUCAUUCAACAGCGCGUGUUUCUCCACUAAGGGAGGAUGAUCCAGAGACUAUUUUUGGAGCCCUCAUGAGCACCUUUAAGAGCUCAUUUGAUUCCAACAACGCCAAAGCCAAUGAAGCCAUUUCAAAUCUGAGUGUUUCCCUUUGCACUGAGAAGAAGGCUCAUGAGAAGGUUCGCACAGGAAUCUAG